UCACAUUUCUCACAGCCGGUUCUCCUCUCCGCGGCCUCCGCGUGAAUUCCGCCUCAAUACCCUCGCCCUGGGUUUUCGUUUCUCCCCCACGUUUGUCCGGAGGUAGGUAUAGUGUAUGCUACGUACUCUCGUGUAUAUCCAUAUAUAUAAAUAUAUAGAGCUCGCGAUCGUGUGCGCCUCGAGAAUCACCGUGUGCGGGAGCGGGACGAGAGCUGUGAAAGACUGCGCGCGCGCGCGCGCUCUGGGGGUGAUUGUGCCGUUUUCAAACAUGAAGAGGUUACGCGGCUGAGUCGAGUAGCUCGACGUGCAUCGAGCAGAAAGAGGGAAACUCGCGCUUCCCGAAAAUCGCGAAAAACGCGCGGCAAGUAGAGCCGCGGACCCGACCAAUUAAGUAGGCCCAACAGAGGAACGGAUACGCCAAUCAUAGCAACAGAAACAGGAUAAUUUAGUCGCCGGGACGAGCGAGAGGGAGAGAGUGUGUGAGAGGAGCUGUUCUAGACGGCCCUGAAAAUCAGCGGCAGAGCAGCUCGCGACACGGGCUGUGGAAUAUGUGGGAACCGGGUGCCGGCAGCAACGGCAGCACUACAAACACCAACCGGGGUAUAAUACUGCUGCUCAGCGUCUGCGUGAUCCUCAUUAUUCUCUACAAGGCCUGGGGACCGUUGCUCCUUAUCACCUUCGCCCUGGUGCUUGUCGUGCACACGUGCUACUCGCUGCUCGUUAACGACAGCCUACUCGCGCCGAACAGCUUGCUGUUGCUCAACUACGCCAGCCAGCUGGGACUGGAACUGCUGCAAACUAUCAAACUCUUGGCUGCUCUAGGAUUUAACCACUCUGUCCAGUUGUUCCAGUCGCUGAAGCAGUGGUAUCGUCAGAGACAGGCCAGUAGAACCAGCGCUGCUGGUCUCACCGUCGAGGAAGACAUGAACAGAAGGCCCAGGAACGUCUACAGGCUUAGCACGGGGGGCUCAGAACUACCAGAGGGAAUCAGUCCCAUCAACAAUGAUCCUUAUCACUCCUUUGCUUUAAAUGGAGCCAGUACUUCAACACCGUUGGCUAGAGGAGUAAACUUGCGAAAGGGUAUUCAACAGAAUGGGGAAAUCGGAUUAUUUACACCCAUAGUUAAUUCUCCAGCUAAAAAACUGGCACAGUUACAGUUACGAAGCGAAAAUAAGCAGCCUGUAUUACCUCUUCCUCGUCCAGAUGAAACUCAUUAUAGUCCAAAAGGUUCACCUUGGGGAAACAAUAUUAGUCCCAAAAUGAAAGACAGAACUACCGUCAAGACUGUGCAAACUGUUGCUGGACCACUUUUGACUUCAAGUAGAUACAACAUUGAUCCAAAAACAUACACAGACAUAAAUUCUCCUGGUUUAACAUCCCGCUUAAAUAAAUACGCAGCUGAAGCCAAUAGCAGAUUAACUCAUCAACCUCAAUACGGCACUGGUCAAUUUCCAAAAGUAAACUUGAACGCUACUUCAGUACCCUUGUUGAGUCCUAAAGUUGCGAGAGCAAGAAUUCCAGUCACGGUUAGAGUUGCACCUCCUGAAGUGGUGAACUAUUCACCAACAGAUGCACAAUCUCAGCAAGAAAGACAUAAAAUGUAUUCUGGAUCAGAAGCCAAAGAAUCACAAUCAUGUCCAAAUGUUGCACAGGUUCUGAAGAAAAUAUCGUUAAAACGUCAUGCAUCUAGAGAGGAUAUAAUGUUCGAUUUAGCUAAGAAACAGCGUGCAGAAAGAAUUUAUGUGGACCAAUUAGAAAAUCUUGAAGAAAUGAUGCAGAAAAGAGCGAGAGACGAUUCGAUGACGUCCGACGAUGACCUAUCUCCACAAUCAAAAAAUCAAAGGCCUCUGAAAAGAUCAAAAGCUUCCUCUUGUCAUGAUAUUUUAAAUUCUCUUAGUUCGAGUAUAAAUGUUUUUACAGGUGUAAAAAGGAAAGCUAUGGAUACUUCGCGAUGCAAUACUCCAGAUAUAGAGAAGCACUUCAAACCAUCAUCUAGAUCUCCCAACAGAAGUUCAUCUCUAACUUUACAUUCGUCUGGAGACUCUUCUGUCACUAAGGAACAAUUAAACGUAAAAGUUCCAGUUAUAAAUGCAUCUGGAGAGCCUCACCAAAUGAAAGUGCCAGAAAAAUCACCAGAGACUUCAAAAACAGAUAGUCGUUCAUCUGAAAGUCAAAAAUCGUUUUCCCCUAAGGUUUCAGAUUUGCCAACACCUAAGUUACACAGAGAAUUAUCUGCUCCGUCAAAACCUACGAAUUUAACAGAAAAAUUAUUUAUGAAACCUGAACCUCAGAAUACCGAGAAACUGAAAAAUCUUAUUGAAGAACAAGGCAACGUUGAAGUUAAAUUUACAACAGAUGAUAAAGAUGAAAUUAAAAAACAAGAUAUUGUCAAUAUGAGGCAAAACAGUAUGCGUUUGAGACUUCAAAGUAUGUUCGAUGCUAUAUCUGGAAAAUCUGCCAGUAAAAUCGAUCCCGAUGUUGUAAUACAAGCAGAAGAAGUUAGACCUUCCGUUUCUACCAACUACACCUCUUUGAACUCACAGACAACAACAACCACGGUUAACACGUCACCGAUCACGACAACCAUAGUGCCGAUCUUAAAGGAUUGUAAUGAGCAGAAGUCACCUAAUGCAAAACACGUGACUUUCAAUUUACCAAGUGCAAGCUCGUCCUUUAGCAGCACUGCAAGCACGCUUUCGAACAAAGAAGCAACGAAGACAAUCUCUAAGCCUGUGUCAGAAUCUCAACCUCUUGGAGGCGGAAUCUCAACUGGCUUUGGAGGCUUUAGCACAGCUUCAAGUACCAUCAGCAGCUCGGCUCCUUCGUUUAAUUUUGGCACUUCUUCUCUUGCUACUUCGACGACGUCUGCCAGUUCCCUGAAGCCAGCUUCGACAGGUGGAUUUUCGUUCACAUCUUCUACUCUUUCUAGUUCCGCUGCUACUGCACCAACAUCGAAAUUAUCAAGUCCCGAAACUAAAACUACUGCGACAACAGCGAGCACCAACAUCAGCUCUUCUCUGUUUGCUCCCAAAUCUACAGCAGAAAAUCUAAAUACCACUACAGUUAUCAGCUCUUCGGGAUUCUCUUUUGGAAACACGGCAAAUUCUACGACAGCCACAACGAUGCCUUCUGCUCCAACUAUUUCAUUUGGCUCAAUGGCCAACACUGCUUCGAAAAGCACGGAAUCAAAUACAAACAGCAGCACGCUCCCAACUUUUGGAAACCCAUUGGCCAAGAGUCCUGCGAGCAUUUCUAUCACUCAACCAACGAGCACUAUGCCCAGUUUUACUGCGCAAAAGAAAGAAGUCACAGGCGGGUUUUCUUUUGGAGCUCAAUCCUCUAGCCUAGGCUUGGGUAGCACUGCCACUAGUACUACCUCUGCUACAAGUCAGCCUGCCUCUCUGUUUGGCAUGCCAGCGGCUUCCACUCCAAUGUUCUCUUUAGGCAGCAACGCUACAACUACAGCAUCAAGUUCUGCGAGUUUACCGGGUGCAAGCACAGCAGCUACGACUACACCUGCGCCCUCCAUCUUCGGCAUUGGAUCGGGUGCCACUGCCAAGCCAACUACGUGCUUCUCCUUCAAGCCGAUCCAGAGCACACCGACUUCCGCAAGUACUACGCCGUCAAGUAGUGGUUUUGGCGCUCCUACGCUGAAUACCGCCAGCUCGAUUGGAGCCACUGCUACCUUUGCAGCGCCUGCAGCUUCUAACACUAUGGGUAGUCCUGCUGUUAGCGGUUUUCAAAAUAAUACGCAUAUAUCGUCCAACUCGGGUUUCGCCAGCUCUACACCAUCUCUCUUCGGUGCUCCGACGAACUCGCCUAGUCUGUUUAGCGGUGCCGCAUCGACUUCGACCCCAUCUACCUCAAUGUUCAAACCACCAGCUACAACAACAACUUCGGCAACCCCGACCAACUCGAUUUUCGGCACCCCCUCGGGAGCCAUGUCGAGCUUUGGUGCUCAGCCGACCGCCACCACCGCGAAUUCGACGCCGACUCUCUUCGGCGCUGGUAACGCAACACCAAGUCUUUUUGGUAACGCGGCUGCUAACCCAGCUACUACGACGAGUUCUACUCCGACUAUGUCGGCUUUCGGUGGUACCGGCCCUCAACAGCAACAGACACCUCAGGGAGGUGGCAUUUUCUCGGGAGUGAACAUGAGUGCAGCAACUGGCACGAAUUCCAUCUUCGGCUCCGCGAAUGCCACGCCAACCGGAGGUCUAUUUAGCGGCGGUACUAAUACCAGCUCGGCCAGUACCAAUCUGACAACAGCAGCAAGUCCAGCCGAGAGCACGAGUAUUUUUGGUCAAUCGAAGCCGGCUGCAUCGCUUUCUUUUGGUGGAACGAAUCCAACCUUCGGUACAACUCAAGCCACGUCGAGUUUCUCGGCGCCUAAUUCGAGUGGUACAUCAACUUUCCAACUUGGUGGUACGACAGCUCCGUCUUCAACUAGCGGCGGCUUGCCCAGUUUCAGCAUUAUCAAGCCAUCGCCGCAGUUCGGUGCAACCUCAAAUGCUCCAGCGACCAGCGGUAGUUCUAUCUUCGGUUCGUCGUCAACUAACACCGGUUUUGGGUCGACCGCUGCUCCACCGGCUUUCGGUUCUACAACCCCUGCUAGCGGAGCUCAAACUUCAGCCUUCGGCAUGCAAAACAGCACGAGUGCAGCCGCACCAGCUUUUGGUGCUCCAGCAGCAACAAGUUCCAGUUUUGGCGGAGGUGCAACCACAACGUCGCCAUUCGGCGCCCCAACGACCACCAACUCGACAACGCUCUUCGGGAAUGCAGCUCCAGCAGCUAGUUCGUCGAGUUCCUUUUCAUUUGGCGGCGGAAGUCAGCAAACUCAACAGCCUGCACAACAGCCGACUGCAUCGUUUUCAUUUGGCGGUGCGACAAAUACUAAUGCGGCUAGCUCUGGAGGUCUUUUCCAAUUUGGCGGCGCGUCUACUGCACCUAAACCAGCUGGUUUCAACUUCAAUGCACCUACCGCAGCGCCCACCAUUAAUUUCACCGGCAGCACUACUCAAGGAGCAGCUCCAGCCUUCAAUGCGCCUCCUGCUAAUAUGUUUAGCAUAGGUUCUGGUUCAACGACGCCUCGAACGCGACCUAGCCGGGCAAGGCGGCAGAGAUGAUGGAGAAUGUAAGGAUACAUCCCAUCACAGUGCCGUCUACGAACGGGCUCAGAAUUAAGUAAUUAUUCUAGAUAAAAUUUGAGCAUGCAAGUCUUGCUCCUUCUUUGGUCAUGAGGAGUCUUUUAUGAAAUAAGGACUUAUUAUUCAAGAAGAAGAACAGCAGCUGGUACGAAGCAAAGCGGAGGAAACCGUAACGAUCGAAUAUCGCUGAGAUUCUACGCCAUUUUUAUACGAAAAAAGGGGGUCGAACCACAGAUAAACAUAAAACUGACUCGAUCCGUAGAUUCGGACGUAUUAUGUAAAUGGAAAUGCGCACACUGCCCUCGUAACCUUUUUUUACUGAUAUAGUUAAUUAAAUAAUUUCGAGAUGUACCGUCAGAGAUAGUGCAACUCGUACAUAGAAUCGUGGAAUAGCCCCCUUUUUACAAUAAUUAUAUUAUGUGGUAAUGGAUGAGCCACUAUUUAUACUUUGUGUUCCUUUGCGUGAUUGACGCAGACAAGUCUGUACAAAAUAAAAUGAAAAGAAUCACGAAUUCGUUGCCGAUUCCAGUUUCCUUGGCGCUUCGGUACACGAUUGAGCUCGAAAAUAUGUACAUAAGAAAAUAAUGCGUGUAAUAAGUAAGAUGCGUAUAUAAAUAGAUAAAUUUACAUAUAAUCAUCCGAAAGUCAACUGAAUGAAUGAUUCUUCCUGUAUAAAAGUGACUCGAAAAAGGUUUUGUAAAAAUGAACUUGAAAAUUGUUUUAUAUCGAUUAUUGUCUUUAAAUCCAAAUCAAGCUAAAAGCUUUAAAACUCAAGGACUUCGAGGAUUGUCCUUGAUUUGUUGGAUAUUAUAUUUUGACUAGUUUAAUAUUUAUAUUGUUAAUAGAGUGAAAAAAUGUACCUAGGAGGAAUGAUUCGUCGGCUUUAAUGCAAUUUUGAUUUUCGUGGAAUGACAAAGUGUAAAACUUGAUGGUUGAACUUUGAUAAAUUACCUCUAACUUGUAUGGAAUUUAAAAGGCCUCAAAGUACUGGCUAUGGUGCAUUUCAGAGGGUAACAAUUAGGCUGUAUGAGAGGAAUAAGUAUAGUGACGUUGGAUGCAAAGUUUAAUGCAAAAUUCAGUACUAGAACUGAUAGUGUUAAGGAUUUAAAACAACUUAUAAGCACUUCAAGGAGCUUAAGGUUUUUUAAUGAUUUUGUAGUAAGGCGAAGCAUAGUAAUAUAUUCUCAAUAUUACAAGCCACGGUACUUUACAAUAUUAUCACAAGAAUAAAUAAUUAUAUUCUCUUAUUGUCUACUACAAAAUUUGUUUUUCAUAUUUUCUAUUUUCCUAAAAAUGUUCGACACUGUCUCUCAAAAGACUAUUUAUUUUACUUGUUAUUAAUAAUUAUCAACUUGCAGACCAAUAGAUUUUUCUAUAAAAUUUUAUUUUUUAUUUUAAUACUUUUUUAAGUAUCAGAAAAGGUAUAAACUUAAAUUUGUGGAUGAAGCACGGUGUGUAAUAAAAUUUGUUGAUUUUGUGUUUAUUGUGUUUAUCGGGAAUUGAAGUAAAAAAUUAUUGAAUCAUAUAGUUUAAUGGAAAAGGUCAAUCAAUUACAUACCUUUUGAUAAGAAAAUUGUAAACAUGAAUUACUUGAGCUGUGUAAAUAAAGAGCAAGUAUAAUGCUCAUAUUUUCAUUUAAUAAAACUUUAUUUACCAAAA